AUGGCCUCCCCCAAAACGCCCUCCCCCUCCGCCCCCGACAUCUCGAUCCUAGGCGACCAAGUAACCCUGCACCCAACCGGCUACGAGGAGCCCACCGGCCGGACGCAGGAUGGCGGCGAGCAAGAACAAAACCUCAUCUCCGGGUUCUCGCGCUUCCGCUCGUCCCCCUUCGACUUCCUGCGCGAGAUCUCGCUGCACGUCUCCGGCACCGGCUGGCGCAGCUACGAUCAUGCGGUCGGACAGCCCAUCUUCCACGCGGGCUUUUCGGAGAACAUGAAGAGCGCUGUUAUGGGGACGCCGAUGCUGCAGGCGAAGAUACGGGAGCUGGCGGAGCGGAGGGUUAAGAUGGAGGAGGGGGAGGGGCUGCUUCCUAGUGGGGAGGGUGAGAUGAGGGAGAAGAGGAGGAAGGAGAUUGAGGGCGCGCUGCAGGAGGUCGCGGAAAAGAUGGUGGACGAUAUGAUCUGUAAGAUGGAGAGCAUCCACGUCUCUAGCGAAGAAGUCCUUCGCCUGCGCUCCGUCGCCGAAAAAGCCGCCAAAUCCAAACACUCGAUAAUCUUCCUGCCCUGCCACAAAUCGCACGUCGACUACGUCUCGCUGCAGAUCAUCUGCUACCGGCUCGGGCUAGCCCUCCCCACCGUCGUCGCAGGCGACAACCUCAACAUCCCCCUCUUGGGCUCCUUCCUGCAGCACGCGGGUGCAAUGUGGAUCCGACGCAGCUUCGGCGACGACCAGCUGUACCAGACCGUGGUGCAGAGCUACAUCGACACACUCCUCCAGAACGGCUACAACUUCGAGUGUUUCGUCGAAGGCGGGCGCUCGCGCACAGGGAAGCUGCUCCCCCCGCGCUUCGGCAUCCUCAGCUUCCUGCUCGACAGCGUGCUAAGCGGGCGGGUUUCCGACGCCAUCGUCUGCCCCGUCAGCACGCAAUACGACAAAGUGAUCGAAGUCGACUCCUACAUCUCCGAGCUGCUGGGCCAACCCAAACCCAAAGAAAACCUGCGCGACUUCCUCUCCGCGUCCUCCGUGCUCUCUCUCAAGCUCGGUCGCGUGGACGUCCGCUUCCACGAGCCCUGGAGCCUGCGCGCCUUCAUCCAGACGCAGCAGGACCGCUUCUCCGCCCCGAUCCCCGCGCGCAUCACGGCGCCCCAACCACCGCAGCAGACCGACAUCAAGGUCCGCCUCCUCCGCACGCUCGGCUACAAAGUCCUCUCCGACAUCAACGCCGUCUCGGUCAUCAUGCCCACAGCUCUAAUCGGCACGGUCCUCCUCACCCUCCGUGGCCGGGGCGUCGGCCGCUCGGAGCUAAUCCGGCGCGUGGACCAACUCAGCGCCCGCGUGCGCUCCCGCGGCGGCCGCGUCGCGCACUUCGCCAGCCAGCCGACCUCGCUGGUCGUGGCGCGCGGCCUCGAGGUGCUCGGCCCAGACCUCGUAGGCACCGUCCCCGGGCUGCCGGAGGAGACGUACUACGCCGUCGACAGGUUCCAGCUGAGCUUCUACCGCAACAUGACGAUCCAUCUGUUCGUGCUGCCGAGCUUGGUGUGCGCGGCGCUGUAUACGCGGGUGAAGCUUGGCGGGCCGGCGGAGCAUCAGCGGGUUGAGCGCGGGGAGUUGAGGCAGAAGGUCAGGUUUCUGAGCCAGCUGUUUCGGGGGGAGUUUAUUUUUCCGACGGAGGGGCUGGAGGCGAAUUUGGAGAGGACGAUUGAGGGGUUGAGGGUCGAGGGGGUGGUGGAGGUUUCGGAUGCGGAGGAUGGAAGCGAGUUCGUCGAGCUGAGCGAGCAGGAAAGAGAUGGCGGCAGGGAGAACUUUGACUUCUAUUGCUUCCUUAUCUGGCCGUUUGUCGAGGCUAGUUGGCUGGGCGCGGUGUCGCUGCUGAUGCUUACGCCGCCGCCUCCACCACCGCCAUCUCAGACCCUCCUCGGAGACGCAAGGCUUACAGCGGCAGCCGCUGCGAGCAACCCGCCACUAUCGCCGCCGCGCACCACCCUCCCCCAUCUCGACCAAAACAAAGUCCACAACCGCGCCCAGCUGCUCGGCAAGACGCUCUACCACCAAGGCGACCUGUCCUACUUCGAAGCCGUCAACAUCUCGACGCUCAAGAACGCCUACACGCAGUUUGAAGAAGAAGGCAUCAUCGUCGUCGCGAAGACGAAAGCCGGGCCGGCGACGUUGCGGCUGGCGGAGGAGUGGAUGCCCGAGAGGGGAGGAAACAGCAACGGUGGCGCGGGGGCUGGGAAUGGGAACGGGAACGGAAGCGAGGACGGCGCGCCGGGGAGGAUCUUGCCACGCGGCAAGCUUUGGGAGUUCGCGGAGACGAUCUCGCAGUUCCGGCGGGAAGGAAAGAACCGGAGAGACGGCCGGACGGUCGUGAGUCGGGUCCUCACGCUGGUCGACGUCGUUGGGCGUGGGUUGUGGGAAGAAGCCGCUGCCUCCGCUGCCGCUUCCGCUCCCGCUCUAGGGGCGGCCGAGGCCGGGGCUCAGACGGACGCGGAGGACGAGAAGCCCGGGAAGAGAAAGAAGAAGCGCAGAAAAACAUUGGAGACGCGGGCGCGGCUGUAG